UGGAUUGCCGAUGUAGCUAAGCACUUGUCUCACAACGGCGAUGCGGAUCCCCGGCUUGGCCCGGGAACUCAGAGCCAACCCCGACAUACAAAGCUGCCAUCCCCGUGAUCGGUAUGCCUUAUGUAGCAUGAUGCUGCUGCUAUACUGUUUCAAUGCCAUACAUAUGCUGUCAGCGCACAAUACAUAAGCUUACGUUUUCAAUGUUCUCUUAAUCACGUCCCCACGCCCAUAGCCCACGCCCGUCUUCCACCUGAUCUUACGAUUUCAUCUAGUUGCUAUUUCCACCAUGCCGUUGGUCAACAUAAAAAAAGUUCUUCUAGACGGGCAAAAUAACUGGUCCUCUCAGACCACCAUCAAGUUUGCUGGAGAUGAUGGUUUUAUAGGUGCUACGGAGCGAUGGACGACGUUCAACCCUCCCACCUUCGUAGCAGCCGUCAGUCCUGCAACAGAGGAGGAUGUGGUUAAAACCAUCAAGCUUGUGCGCUCGCACAACAUCCCCUUUCUCGCCACAGGGGGUCGUCAUGGAUAUUCUCCCACCCUUGGAAAGCUCCAGAGCGGUCUGGCACUGGAUCUGAGCCAGCUGAAUACGAUAAGCGUAGACAAUAAUACAGACACUUUGACCAUAGGCGGCGGCACCACUCUGGGCCAGGUGUUCGACCCCGUGUACGAAGCUGGGUAUGAAAUGCCAUCCGGUACUUGUUCAGGCCCUGGAGUCGUUGGGGUAACUCUAGGCGGAGGCGUCGGGCGCUUCGGUGGAAUCUACGGACUGGUAGCCGAUACUUUAGUCUCAGUGCGCCUCGUCACCGCCAACGGCGAGGUGGUCGACGUAUCUGAGACAUCCCAUCCCGAUUUAUUCUGGGCUAUCCGGGGCGCAGGAGCCAACUUUGGGGUGGUGACAUCGGCGACCUAUCGCCUCCACAAACGAAAGCCUGGAGAAGGGGAACUGACCAACAUAGACAUGAUUUUUCCUGCUGAGAUGAGCUCGGCCUAUUUCGAAGCAAUGGCGUCGUUUGGGAUUUUCCCUGCGCGGUUGGCUUCUCUUUCGGUGACGCGCUACGACCCAGAGAGGAACCAAGCACAAAUUCUGGCGAACUAUGUAUACCUCGGCCCUGAAAGCGAAGCCCGGGAAGUCAUGAAACGGAUCCUGGACCUGAACCCGCCAGUUAUAAAAGUUACCGUCGUCCCAUGGAACAAGCUAUUAUCGGUCCAUGGCUUCGGGUUCGACGCGGUGGUGAACAAGAAAGGCAUCGUCCGGGUUAUUUAUUCAGCCAAUAUACGAGAGUUCUCCGGAUCGACAUACUACAAAGCAUUCCAGAAAAUGAACGCGUUUUAUGCGGCCCAUCCGGAUGGCAGAAACAGUGUCCUCGAGUUCGAAGUAUUCCCAAACCAAGCGAGUGCCGCCGUGCCCAACGAAAAGACUGCGUUUCCCUGGAGAAGCGCACAAGCGUAUAUGCUAGCAUUUUUCUCAUGGACCGAACGAGGCGGCAAGACCGAAGAAUUCGUCAAAGAAUUAGGCCCUGAGCUUCGCGAAGACGUCGUUGCUACGUCGGGGUAUUCCGAGCUGCAAGUCAUAGUCCCCUACGCGUACGGAAACGAGACGAUCGAGCAGAUAUACGGACGGAACAAACUACCUCGACUGGCGGCUUUGAAGAAGGCCUGGGAUCCUGAUCAUGUCUUUAGCUACCUCCAUCCCCUACCGACAAAGUACCCCGAGUCUAGUUAAGGCAAACUCCCCGC